AAACACUACGUCCAUCAAAGCCAUCUAUCGGCCGCCCCCUGCGGCAUCCAUCCCAUGGCUCCGAAUACCGGCCAGGCGUCCACUCGGCGCCAGCCCCUGCCACCACCCCCACCACCCCUACCACCUCCUGCUGCAGACGACGACGACGACGACAGCCUCGACUUCUCAGUAUUCCUCGACGCGCCGCCAGCCGUGCCAGCGGCGCCGGCGGCGCGGCCGACGCCGAUAACGACGCCGGCACCGGCCCCUUUCCCGCCCUCCUUCCGUUCCCCCUUCCCUCCUACCCCGCAGCAGGCGCCCGCGUCCCUCACGCGAGCCCCCGCUGCGGCGGCGCCCGCGCCUGCGCCCCAGCACCCGCGGGCCUUUGUCCCCGCGCCUCUGCCGACGCCGCCGCCGCAGCCGCAGGCCUCCCUCCCGUCGUACCACAGGCUGCAGCGGAUGCGGCCGGCGCGGACGCCGUUCGCGGGCCUGCAGUCCGUAUUCCGGGUCGAGGCGCCGGCGUCGCGCAACACGCCCGAGAUAUCGCAGCAGCUGCAGCCGCCCGUGUCGACGCACACCGAGCUCGAGAGGGGCGGCGGCUGCAAGAUCAGGGGCCCCAACCAAACUGGCGAUGAAGACGACGACGAUGAUAAUGAUAAUGAUAAUGAUAACGACGGCAACUCCCCCGUCAACAACCCCGACCCCUUAGCACAACUCUCAGGCUCCCCCUACUUCCCGGACCCGGCGGCGGCGGCCGCCGCCGCGGCGCUCAACCACCCCGGCGCGGCGCCCGGCGACCCGAUCAACCCGUGGAUCAUGCUCGCCAACGCCGUCUUCGCCGAGCCCUCGGCGGGCCUCGAGUCGGUGCGCAGCGCCGCUGCCGCGUCCGGCUUCGGCGUCGUCAAGUCGCGCUCGGCCCGGCGCAACCAGACGGUGCGCCAGCGCGCCGCGGGCGAGCGGGGCGAGGUGUACCGCAUCGACCUCGAGUGCACCUCGGCCUCGCCGCGCGACGGCAAGCGCACCAGCACCAGCACGGGCACCCGCACCAGCCGCCGCCGCCGCGGCUGCAGGUGGACGGCGACGCUGGUGCAAAAGGUGAUUCGGUCCGACGAGAUCGGCGGCGUCGACCGGAAGUUCUGGCGCUUCGAGCAGAAGCCCCGCGCACACGUGCACAACCACCCGCUCGCCGCCAACGCGGCCGAGAUCCCCGUCAACAGGCGCCGUCACGUUGAGCUCGCGCGCGACCAGAUCUUUGCCCUCAAGGGCCAGCCAAAGGCCACGCCCCAGCGCAUCGCCGACUACGUCAACAAGCACAAUCCGGGCUUCGCCAUCACGGCGAACGACAUCAAGAACCUCUUUUACAAGGAGACGCGCAUCCAGAGGCAGCAGCAGCAGCAGCAGCAGAGGGAAGCCGAGGGCUCGGCGACCGCCGAGUAGCCUAUGGUGGCGGUCUUUAUAUAUCUUUUAUUUUCCUCGUCACUUGCACCAUAUUUAGCGCGUAAAAUUACCCUUGUAGAUUUAUAUCGUGAUAUCCUAGCCAUGACUACCCGACAAAAGAGAAGAAAUGACCGGAAAAAAAAGUGCCGUCGCGGAUUUUGCCCCAAGUCCGGUGGCUUUUGGUGCAAUAAUUAUAUACAAGGCGAAUGCAAGUGCGUCGGGGCUCUCAACAGCAGGGAGAGAGAGAGAGAGAGAGAGAGAGAGAGUGAGAGAGAGAG